UCCCCCGCCCCUCCCUCUCUCCCUCUCUCCCUCUCCAGAGCAGAAAUGCAGCAGAGCCUGAUCCGACUUGUCCUUGCUGCUGGAAGUAUUUUCUUGCCUCUCGGAAACUGAUUUUAGUGCAACACUCAGGCUGAGAUAUGGCUGUUUCUGUUUCCCUCCAGAGUCUGGGGCUCAUCCUGCUCGCAGCGAUCCUCCUGCAGACCAUCGCGGUUUCGGUCAGUUUUGUCUACUUCAACAAAGUCCUGAGCACGAUGCAAGAGAGUUUCUCCCGCAGUAGCGUUUCCUGUCUGAUUAACGCAAAUCUGCGCUCAGAGGCCGAAGAUUCAGCCGAGGACAAGAAGAGCGACCCCUGCUGGCAAGUGUUGCAACAGCUCCACUACCGCAUAGAGAAGACGAUGGCUGACAGAUUCCAGAAGGAGAUAUCUACAGCCAUGACAAAUAAGCUAACAGGAGUGUUGCCAUUCCUGAGCUCGGGGGUCCCUCUUCCUAAAGUUGCGGCCCAUGUGACGGGUGUCCUCUCGUCCUCAGAGCCUUCAACAGCAGAUGGCCCACGGAGCAGCAGAGGGUACCUGGGAGAGCGAAUCCGAGCGUGGGAGGGACGGAGAGGUCUGUCCUUCCUGCAGAACAUGGAGCUGAGGGGGGGGGAGCUGCUGGUGCCCAUAGCCGGCCUCUACUACAUCUACGGACAGACAUACUUCAGACUGCCCUCCACAGGGGAGACAGAGGGGGAGGCCAAGGAGGAGGGAGCACAGCUUGUCCAGUACAUCUACAAGAAGAUGAGUUCCUACACGGUGCCCAUCCUGCUGAUGAAGUCGUCCCGGAGCGCCUGCUGGCCUCGGGGUCCGGAGCCCGGUCUCUUCUCGCUGCAUCAGGCCAGUACCGCCUUCCUUCAGCCCGCUGACCGCCUCUUCAUCACCGUUAGCAACGCCAGCGCCAUGGAGAUGGACGGGAGAGCGAGCUACUUUGGGGCCUUCCUUGUGGGAUAAAGGGGGGGGGGAAAACUCCCGGAUCGAAGUGUCCGGGACUGGGAUGACUUGAUUUAGAAAUCAUCAUCAGAAGGAGACCCAAUGGUCAGGGGUGUGCUUUAUGAUACGAGCAGCUGCCGAGGGUUCAGGAUUUGAGAAGAAGGAAGGACUCUGAGUAGUGCAAAGGAUGUCUACUGGACCAAGGAUAUGACCAGACAGAGCUCCAGUGGCCCAAAACGGCAAAGAAGAAGAGCUGUGUUUUGACUCCUGCAGAGCCAAGCCAGAGCUGGUAAAUAAUUCUGUUUUCCAGGAUGUACCAUCUGACGGAGCAAACAUGGAUUAUGCAGUGCUUCCAGAGUACAGGGGAUUUGGAGGACAAUAGAGGCAAAGCUGACUUCUUUUUGAGGACUGAGAAAGCUAAUUCGCCUGCAGGUCAAACGGUCAAGUUGUCAUCCUCACUUAAGAAUUGACACUUAAGCUUCAAACAUGCCAAAGAAGACUCAAGAUUUUCAGGUUUACACUACUUUUUUUGUUUAAUUUUCUUGUUAUAAAUGUGACACAGAUCAUGAUGUCCUGCGGCCUUAAAGAGAAGCACUGAUCUAAUAUCAAUGGACUGAGUUUUUUUUUUUCUUACGCAUUGACACUUUAUAUCCAAGGGAUACCAAUAUAUUUUUGAAUGCUGGAUACACGAUUGCUAUAAAGAUUACAAUUUAAAGCUA